GAGGGAGUAGAGCAGCAGCAGACACACAGAGAGAAGAAGCAGGGCAUGUUAGAGAAGGAGAGGUGGGAAGGCAGAGGUAGGCAGACAGAGAGAUGCAGUGCCAGAGUGAACGUGUCUGUGAAGCUGUAACACUUCAUCUUCUCGUCUGGGACUAUAAUGUGUUAUGGUGCUGUGAUGUUCAGAUUCACUGCAGGAGCGGGGAAUGCAGAUAGGAGUUCACCCUGAGCUAAGUGUCCAACAGUGCCACUCUGGACCUUUGGGAUUUCCUCAAACACUUAUUGAUUGUAGCCCGAACAACCGAGAUUUAAUCACAUUUGACAGACUGCCCAAACAAAAGGGACUUCCGAUUACGUUUGGAUUACUGGCCCAGACUUACACCAGGAGGACUGACUACAGGGACACACUGCCAAUCCAAGAGGCCAGAAUUCAAACAGGUUUUCAUUUUGGCUGAGACUUGCCAGCUGUCUCCAAACCUGACAGCACCCAGAACCCGUGCCUGUGACAUCCACCGCUCACACUGGAACCCCGCAAAGCCACGUCCAAGCAGGUUCUGCAGCCCAGGAACCCUGGAGCAGGCCUGACCUUGGACCGCCUGUCACCCGAACCCCUCCUGGCGCCAGCAGAGACGUCCAGCAUGUCUCAGACAGGAGGACGGUUCCACAACAAAAAAGCCGGCAUUCGGGCUGCCGUCAUCCUGAUCGGACUCCUGCACAAGUCACGCAAAGCCAAGGAAAAGGAGAGGGAGAGGGAGAGAGAGGAGAGGAGAGGAGAGGAGAGCGAAGGGAAACAGGAACUGCUGAACAUCUCCAACGUCCCCCUGGGCGAAUGUCCCCCCUCGCCGCCGCGCACUGCUCCACCCAGCAUGAAGUCUGCAGAGUUCUUCGAUAUGCUGGAGAGGAUGCAGGUCCCUAAACCUGAAGAGACCAAAAAAUGGAAGGAUGACUAUAUCCCCUACCCACGGAUAGAAGAUGUCCUGGAGAAGGGCGGUCCAUACCCGCAGGUGAUCCUACCCCAGUUUGGGGGCUACUGGAUUGAGGAUGUGGAGGCACCAGCAGGAACGCCCUCCUCCUCCGAGUCAAGCUUCUGUGAGGAGGAGGACGGAGGGGAGGGCUUGAGCCCCGGCGGGGGGCACACCUACCGCCUGGAGUGUAACAGCACAGCCCGUGCCUACCGCAAACACUUCCUAGGCAAGGAGCACAUGAAUUACUACUGCACUGGAAGCAGCAUCGGCAACCUCAUCAUGUCUUUGAAGCACGAAGACGCUGAGGGGCAGGAGUUCCUGCGCAUCAUGCUCAGGUCUAGGACCAAAACAGUUCAUGACAGAAUCUCUUUAGCAGGCAUCAACCAGCUGCCCAGUGUACCUCAGAUUGCCAAGCUUCUGUGCGACGACGCCACAGGGCUGAAGUUCAACCCCGUGCUGUAUCCUCGGGGAUCCCAGCUGAUAGUGGCUUAUGAUGAGCACGAGGUGAACAACACUUUCAAAUUUGGCGUCAUCUACCAGAAGUUUGGGCAGACGUCCGAGGAAGAGCUAUUCGGGAACAAUGAGGAGACGCCGGCUUUCAAGGAGUUCCUCGGUCUCUUGGGAGACAACAUUGAACUUCAAGAUUUCAAAGGGUUCCGCGGUGGGCUGGACGUGUCUCAUGGACAGACAGGGUCUGAAUCCGUCUACACCGUCUUCAGACAGAGAGAGAUUAUGUUUCAUGUGUCAACUAAGCUUCCCUUCACAGAGGGCGACGUUCAGCAGCUCCAAAGGAAGAGGCAUGUCGGAAACGACAUCGUUGCCGCAGUCUUCCAGGAAGAGGCCACACCGUUUGUUCCAGACAUGAUCGCCUCCAACUUCCUGCACGCUUAUGUGCUGGUGCAGGUUGAGAACCCGUGUACAGAGGACACAACAUACAAGGUGUCUGUCACAGCCAGGGAAGAUGUGCCUUGUUUUGGACCCCCACUCCCGAACCCAGCGGUCUUCAAGAAGGGCCCCGAGUUCCGAGACUUCCUGCUGACAAAGCUGAUCAAUGCCGAAAACGCCUGCUACAAAUCUGACAAAUUUGCCAAACUCGAGGGACGAACGCGAGCCGCCCUGCUGGAUAAUCUCCACGACGAGCUGCACAGACAGAGCCAGGCCGUGCUGGGCCUGGGCCAGGUGGGAGAGGAGGACAAGCUGGAGAACGGAGGACACGGGGGUCUGCUGGAGUCCUUCAAGAGAGCCAUGCGUGUCAGGAGUCACUCCAUGGAGACCAUGGUGGGGUCUCAUCGUCACAGGAGCCCCGGUGUAGGAGGUGGGGUCCCAGCCAGCCUGAGCGGAGGGGGGCUGCCGCAGAGCACCAGUGAAUGCACAAAGAGCACCUUCACUCCUCCCGUGCUGUCAGCCAAGUCUCCUCUGAAGAGCCCGGUGAAACGGCGCUCAGGCCUCUUCCCUCGCCUCCACUCCAGCACAGAAACCCCCUCAGACAAACACACGCGCAGCGACCAAAAGUCCACAGAGAUCUGCUCUCUGUCCCAGGAGGUUAGAUCAGAGACGUCCUCCAACCCCAGCUCACCCGAGAUCUGCCCCAACAAAGAGAGGCCAUUUAUCAAGCUGAAGGAGUGCAGCAGCGGCAGGCAGAACAUCUCCCGCUCUUCAUCCAGCACCAGCAGCUUCAGCAGCACCACGGGAGAAACAGAAGUUCUGGAGGAACUGGACACACUCGGCCAUCCAUCCAUAGCUUCGUCCUCUGCCUUCAGCCCUUCUCUCAGCGUGGACAGCCAGGGAUCCGUUACCCCUGUCAUCAUGUGCCGCAGCCCGACAGAUGGGAAAACCAAGACAUCGCCGAGGUCAAACUUGAAGUUUCGUUUUGACAAAAUGAGUCACUCAUCCACAAACUCUGAGUAGCCUGGCGGAACUGAAGAACAGACUUGCACAAUGAAGGGACAGCGCAGGGGGCUGAUGAGGCUGGAAAAAAAAAAAAGUCACAACAACAACCACAUAAUCACUGUAGAACCACUUCCCAAGCCAAGGAUAAUCUGACAAGGUUACAGAUAGCACCAGAGUCUACACACACUAUAGACUAACUGACAAUACUGUGAGCGUACAGUGAGGAGAUGCAGCUGACGCGUUGGCUUUAUUUGUGACCAACCUUCAGCUUCAGAAAUGAGCCACUACUUGCUGCAGUCUGUUAAUUGUUCCCAUCAUACAAAGGUCUUGGCGCGGCUGUAAAACUGUGAGUGUAGGCCGAGCUAGACUCCGCCUCAGCUUUUCCUCAAGCAUCUUGUUUAAUAGAGAGAGAGACGUGAUGGUCUAGAAGAACUGUAACACAUGGCUGAGCUGUUACUCUUUAUCUAGUUGACUGUUGAGCAAUCACUGGAAAAAAUAGUUAGACAUGAGGAUGUUUUUCUUCUCCUUUUUUUUUUUUUUUAACUUUGCCCUCUAAUGGUACGCCUGGUAACAGUUCCUCCUUUACCUAAAAAAAAAAAAAGUACGUAGAGACAAACAAACACACAAACACACGCACAGAAACUUAAUGUACAGUAGCAAAGCCUUCAGGGUGACAACACUGGGAAUCUGUUGGAGCUGAACUUGCUCUUUGCAUAUAUAAUUGCUUUUCUAAGGGAAAUCGUUGAUUUUGGGGACGCUUUUGUAACCUUGCCCGCUGCUGCAUUGUGUUGGCUGCACUAUAAACACGACACGUCUCCUGCUACGACAGCGUUUCUGUAUCUGCAAGGGCGGCUUCAAAGCCCCUGAACUCAAGUGCUUGGUCGAUGGAUAUUAGCUCACAGUAGGAGACACUGCCAAUACCUGUUUGCCACAAGCUUAUUUUAGCCAAAGCUGCGCCUUACAAUCUUUUAAAAGCCCUUUUCACCACUGCUGUGCUCUCAUUCUCUCUUCCUCUCUGCCUGCAUAUGCGUCUCUCACCGUGUGAGAGGAUGAGACUCCCUAGAUCUGGCUACACACACAGUUUUGGGUAGCCAAUCGACACACACAUUUGCUGAAAAUAAACGUUGCACUUACUGAAAACAUUUCACCUUCUGAUACCUCCCAUUGAAGCUUGCUAGCUCGGUGUAUCCAGUAUGUUCGGCGGUUCGCUUGAACAGGUCUCUGGGGUUUUUAAGUUCCUCGGCGUGUGAGCUUAUAAACACAACUUGAAAAAGAUGCUUCAGGUUAUAAUGAACCUUUGAGCCGCUUCUGGCAAAACUCUCUGAAUGUGAACUUCGAGCUCUUUCGCAUCUUUUCAUUGCUUUUUUUCUUUUUGUACUUGUUUAUUUCGCGCCCUGUUAGUUGUCAUUAUGAAGUCAUUAGGAGUAGCUUACAAAGUCAGUCGCUCACUACCACAACAGGAGUGUGGGUCUGAACUAAGCCUCAACUAUAUGUUUGCUCGGACCUGCACAAACUGGAGUUGAUGAAGAUGAAGCUUAAAAGCAGGCGGAUGCGUUUCCAGUGUGACCAAACAACCAAACUGGUAGCUCUUUGGAUGAAUACCUAUGUAAUUAUGAUGUGUAGGGAACCGUUCCUGCAGUGGCGGAUGGUUUAAAUAGUGUGGAAAGGUUUAAAGGCUCGGUUCAUUCAAAUUGCAAACUCCUGUCAUUCAGGGGAUUGUUUAACUUUCAAGAAAGCUGUACUCAUAGACGUACCUUUCUGACAAACUGGGACUAGGAACAGACGCGUGGACUCACGCACGCUGUUCUCAGUUAGCGUAGACCAGUGAUUACCUCGAGUAGUGGAAGCGGGGACUGAAAUCCUCCGGAAGCAAGCAGGAACUUGUCAUUUAGUUCGUAGCGGGUAUCGCCUAAAACGCCCUGCAGCCUUUUCUCUGUUGAUAUGCUUAAUUUAUUGAAACUUCUUUUGCAUUGAUGUCAUGUUAAAAAAAAAUGUCACUGCAGAGUACGCUAAUUAAGAAGGUAAAAUGAUUAAAGGAUAUAUAUAUAUAUUAAUUUAAAAAAUGUCUAAACAUGUAUAUGUAUAUUUGGUUAUGUAAUGUGCCAUUGAGAAUUUAUUCUAAAAUAAAAUGUUGUAUUUUGUGUCA